UGUUUUAUUACCAAUUUCAUGAAGAUCAUCAUGUCAUAAGUUUUAAUAUUAUCCUUUAAACUCGUAUUUAUAGGUCUUUACGUUUUAUUGCGUUUUUUUUUACAUACAAUUAAACCGACAGUAAAAAUGGAGGCCAGAGAAAAACCAAGAGUGCUAAGUUGUACCAUAAAAGGUCCCGGCCCAGUUUACAAAUUGCCAACGUUAAUUGGCUACAACAACCACGAUCCGUCUCGGCAUAGAGGUCCAGCAUAUAGUAUACGAGCUCCAACUGGUAUCAAGACUUAUGUGAUGGGGCCUGGUCCUCAUUAUGAUAUCAGAAAUUUAACAAAAUCUGGACCAGACAACCCACCAGCUUAUACAAUCAGAGGAAGGAAAGUAUGGAGCUUGCGUGACCACGCUCCUGGACCCGGAGCCUACUCUCCCGAGUUGUGUCCACCGAUGAAUCACAAUCGUAGAGCACCAGCUUACAGUAUCAAGUCACGAGGGAUAACCAAGUUUCUAGACGAAGGGCCUGGACCGAAUUCGUACCUUUUGCCAACAUGCAUAGGGCCCAGAGUGCCCGAUAAAUCAGCUCAGGGCGCAUUUUCUAUCAUUGGUCAUCGCAAGACACGCGAAGAAAUUGUUGGCCCAGGCCCGGCCGCAUAUAUCAAAAUAAACUAUGAUACAAUAAAACGACGGAGUCCGGCGUACAGUCUAAAGGGAAGACACAUUUUAGAAAAUAUUUAUCACAGUCCGGCACCGAUCUUUUAUCCAUUAUACGAUACGCGAAAACGUUCGCCUAUGUAUUCGUUUGGUAUAAAGCAUAGCGAAUGCACCGGAAUACCCAUGACACAACUGGACGAGGAAUGAUUUUAUAAUUAAAAAUUGUAUAUAGAUAUUUUUAAUAUUUAUGCAAUAAAUCUCUGUUGCUGCAAGGUUUAGCGCAUCACGUACAUAUCACGCUAUAUUGUAUUAUACUAUAUUGCAUUGCAUUACACGUACGCGCACACUCAUAGGUAAUAUAUUUUAAGUGAAACAGGACCAACAUAAAUCUAAUCAAACACGAAUAAUUAUAAUAUUUUAUUUUCGGUUAGAGCUGGAUCUUUUCGUAGUCUGACAUAUAAUUCUGUAAACAUUUUACGUACACAUAAAAAAUAAAUAAAUCUGAAAUAUAAAUACAGUGCGAGUUACUAGCACAGUUUAUUUGUUAUAAAUGAAAAAAAUCUCAUAUAUGUCUCAGUCAUGUAAUAUC